GUGUUAUUGCAGAUCAGGCUGUUUCACCUGCAGAUGUUGCUGCCUCUGUUGCAGAUGCUGAUGUGGUUGUUGCUGUCGAGGGGGCAAUCUGUUGUUGUUGUUGCUGUUUUUGCUAUUGCUGUCGUUGUAGGUGCUGCUGUCGCUGUUGCUGUUGCUGUUGCUGCUGCUGGGACUGAUGUUGUGUUUGUUGUUGCAGUAGUUGUCGGAGCUGAGGGUGUUGUUGCAGAUCAGACUGGUCCAGCUGCAGCUGUUGCUGCCUCUGUGGAUGAUGUUGCUGCUGUUAUCAGAUUGUUCCAGCUGCAGCUGUUUCUGCCUCUGUGGCCAAUGUUGCCGCCAUUGUUGCUAUUGCUGGUUUUGUCAGGUGCUGCUGCUGCUGGUGCUGGUGCUGCUGGGAUUGAUGUUGUGUUUGCGGCUGCAGUGGUUGCUGGAGCUGCAGGCAUUGUUGCAGGUCAGGCCAUUGCAGCAAGCAUCUGCUGCUGUUGUUGCUGUUCCUUUGCUACUGGCGCUGUUGCUGCAGGUGCUGCUCGUGCUGGUUCUGCAGCUGCUGCUGCUGCUGUGGCGGUUGCGAGUGUGUCUGUGGGUGUGUUAUUGUAUGGGUAGGGAGAAGCUUUCACUGUUCUUGCUGAAAAAGCUGUUGUCAUUGCUCCUGCGAGUACCACUGCGUACUCGGAAAAAG